CACUCCUUCAACGGGUAGCAGAAUUGGAAAAAGUGAAUGCUGAAUUUCUGCGCACAAAACAGCAACUUGAGCAAGAGUUUAAUCAAAAGAGGGCAAAAUUUAAAGAGCUGUACCUGGCGAAGGAAGAGGAUCUGAAAAGGCAAAAUGCAGUUUUGCAGGCAGCCCAGGACGAUCUGGGGCAACUGCGGACUCAGCUCAUGGAAGCCCAGGCUGAAAUGGAGAACAUUAAAGCCGUCGCUACGGUGUCUGAGAACACAAAGCAGGAAGCUAUCGAUGAGGUGAAGAAGCAAUGGCAGGAAGAGGUUGCUUCGCUGCAGGCUAUAAUGAAAGAAACUGUCCGUGACUAUGAACGCCAGUUUCAUCACAGGCUGGAGAAAGAGCGAGCUCAGUGGAACCAGUACCGGGAAAACGUGGAAAGAGAAAUAGUGGAGCUGAGGAGAAGGCUUUCCGAAGGCCAGGAAGAGGAAAAUCUCGAAAACGAAAUGAAGAAGGCCCAAGAAGAUGCCGAGAAGCUUCGUUCGGUGGUGAUGCCCAUGGAGAACGAGAUUGCGACUUUAAAGGAGAAACUGACAGGGGCGGAAGAAAGGAUAAAGGAACUGGAGGCCUCAAAGGUUAAAGAACUGAAUCAUUAUUUGGAAGCCGAGAAAUCCUGUAGGACUGAUCUAGAAAUGUACGUGGCUGUUUUGAACACUCAGAAGUCUGUUCUGCAGGAAGAUGCAGAGAAAUUACGGAAGGAACUUCAUGAAGUCUGUCAUCUGCUGGAACAAGAAAGGCAACAGCACAACCAGUUGAAACACACGUGGCAAAAAGCCAACGACCAGUUCUUGGAGUCUCAGCGCCUGCUGAUGAGGGACAUGCAACGGAUGGAGAUUGUGCUGACUUCAGAACAGCUCCGCCAAGUCGAAGAACUAAAGAAGAAAGAUCAGGAAGACGAAGAACAACGAAGGCUUCAUAAAAGGAAGGAAGACAAACAGAAAGGCGCCAACGAUGAAUCGAAAGCUGUGUGUUCUGUAGCCCAUGACGAAUCCCUCCCACAGUUCCCUGGUGAAGAGGAGCAUGUAAACAGCACUCACGGCUCAGUCCACUCGCUCGACACCGAUGUGCUGCUGUCCUCAGGAGAAUCCCUCAAGUCAGACAACGACAUGUUCAAAGACGGUCUGCGAAGGGCACAGUCCACGGACAGCUUGGGGGUGUCGGGGUCCUUGCAAUCCAAAACCCUGGGCUACAACAACAAAGCCAAAUCCGCCGGGAACCUCGACGAAUCUGACUUUGGACCCCUGGUUGGAGCGGACUCCAUGUCGGAGAACUUUGACACGGCCUCCCUGGGUUCUCUGCAAAUGCCCAGCGGGUUUAUGUUAACCAAAGACCAGGAGAAAGCAAUCAAAGCGAUGACGCCAGAGCAGGAAGAGACGGCCUCCCUUCUCUCCAGCAUUACGCAGAGCGUGGAAAGCGCUUACGUCUCCCCCAGCGGUUACCGCUUAGUUAGUGAAACUGAGUGGAAUCUCCUUCAGAAAGAGGUACAAAAUGCGGGUAACAAGCUGGGCAGGCGCUGUGACAUGUGCUCCAAUUAUGAGAAGCAAUUGCAAGGAAUCCAGAUUCAGGAGGCUGAGAUGAGGGAUCAGGUGAAGAAGCUUCAGAUGAUGCUGAGACAGGCCAAUGAUCAGCUAGAAAAAACAAUGCGGGAGAAACAGGAGCUGGAGGAGCACAUGAAGCAAAGCACCGAGGAAUCGGAAAGUCAGAUCUCUUCACUUAUUGCAAGAGCUCAGGAGUCUGAGACUUUACUUGGUGAACUGCAGCAGGCAUUUUCUCAGGCUAAGAGAGAUGUCCAGGACCAAAUGGCGGUCCUGAUGCAGUCGAGGGAACGUGUCUCCGAGGAGUUGAUGAGGCUCCAGAAAGACAACGAAAGCCUUCAAGGAAAACAUCGCCUGCAUAUCUCUUUGCAACAGGCCGAAGACUUCAUUCUUCCGGAAUCCAGCGAGGAACUCCGGGAACUGGUCCUCAAAUACCGUGAAGACAUCAUUAGCGUACGGACAGCAGCAGAUCACCUCGAAGAAAAACUGAAGGCCGAAAUCCUGUUCCUGAAAGAACAGAUUCAAGCCGAGCAAUGCUUCAAAGAGAACAUAGAAGAGACGCUGCAGCUAGAAAUAGAGAACUGCAAAGAGGAAAUAGCUGCUGCUUCCAGUCUAAAAGCAGACCUGGAGAGGAUAAAAGCGGAAAAGGAACAGUUGGAGUCCACCUUGCAGGAAAAGAUGCAACAACUGGAAAGGUUGCAAGAAAGGAGAAAUCAACUUGAAGAGCAGUUGAAGAAGGAAAUUGCUGCAAAGGCUAACCUGGAGCAGCUGAUGUUUGAAGAUAAGAACAAAGCUCAGCGGCUGCAGACAGAGCUGGAUGUCAGCGAACAAGUGCAGAGAGACUUCGUGAAGCUUUCUCAAACCCUUCAGGUCCAGUUGGAACGGAUCCGGCAAGCAGAUUCCCUGGAGAGAAUCCGAGUGAUCCUGAAUGACACAAAACUGACAGACAUUAAUCAACUGCCCGAAACAUGACACCCUCAAGAGCGGGGCUCUAAGGCUGCAUUUUUUGGGUGUUUUUUU